GCUUGCGAGCCGUGCGGUUUGUUUUCUCGGUCAUCUCCCGACCCGGCAAAAUCACUGCCUCACGCGUGAUGCAAGCAGCGGGCCCCCCACAUCGCAGGAGGCCGCGUGCGUUGACUCCAACAUGCUGCCUGCCGCAAAUUGAGAGUCGAGGUAUUAUGUUCAUACGGUCCCUGGGUUGAAGGCUGGCCAUCUUCUCAUCCUUCAAACAAGCGAAGAAGCAUCAAAAAUGCAGUGGACACACAAAAUCAGCGGUUACAUCGCCCUCGACAUCACAUUAACCUGUCUGGUCCUGGUUAUCACUGGCCUCAGAUUCCACCACCAACGUCGUCUCAAACUCGAUCCACUCCCGAAAACAUACCUUGUCGGGAAUGUCGCCCUUGUGCUCGGAAACCUCUUCAUUCUUACAUGGACGAUCGUCAAUACACGCGCACGCGUUCAGUUGCUGAAAUGGCUGGUGAACCCAGUUGGUCUGUCACCAGUGCAAGUGGAUCCCACAUCAACGUUCUUCCGGCUCGGGGGAUACUGGUAUGUGUUCACGCUGUGGUUCAUAAAGACCGCGUUCCUGUCCACGUACUUCCGUAUAGUGCCCUACUGCAACAGGUGGGCAAGGGGCGUACUGUGGAUGACCGUGGUCAUCGUCUUUCUCGCUUUCGUGGGGAGUAUAAGCCUCCACGCACUGUACUGCCUUCCUCUCAACGUUCCGUGCAUGUCGUGGAUGACGACCGUCAACAUGAUUUCGGACAUUGCAUUGCUCAUUGUUCCCCUCAUGGUCCUCCGCGAGAUUCGUCUAGGCACCGUAGCCUGGUGGUCACUCUGCUUCGUCUACUUCGUCGGCGGCAUCUCCAUCCUCGCCUCCUUCGUCCGGUACCUGUUCAUCCGGCGCUACAUCCUUGCGGAUGAUAUAUACGAAGCCAUCGCACUCAACGAGACAAUCGAAGUCUGGAACGCCGUGGAGUACUGCACAGCCAGCAUUGCCUUCUGCUUACCAUCGCUGCGGAGCCUGUGGCGGCGGAAAACGAAUACGUCGCCUGCACCGACGGCGGCCGGGGAGUUGGCGAGCUACGUCUCCGGAGAGAGGACGACGACCGGUGAUCGGGAGAGCGGGAAAAGUCAGGGUGAUAUGUCUUCGUCGAACUGUACGCUGGCGAGUUGGCGUGGGAAUACUGGGAACACUGGUGGGGAUGGGAAUGGGAAUGGCGGUGGUGGUCGUGGUGAUGGUGAGAAGGUGGAGGUUGCAAUUGUGAUAGGGCUGGCACCUAGGCCGAUAUCGGCAUGAAAUUUCACUUUCCUUUAUCCGAGCGUUGAUCGGGCCGUUGCUAUGUAACAGAAAACGCACUUUGGAAGGG